AUGAAACCAACCCGCGUGGAUUCUACCCUGCAGCCUUCUACUGUCGCCGCGACCCAUCCUGCCGUGUCUCCCGCCGCCGAUCCCGCCGCGCCGCCGCCGCAGCCGGUCCCUUUUCUCACCCCGUUGCGCCCGUUAAUGGAACGUCUGCAGCGAUGGAAGCGCAUCUUCGGGCCGCGCCUCGUGCUGCUUCUCCUCCCCGACGGCUCUAUGAAGAUGUACGCGCCUGGCGGAAAGACUCCCGCGCAUUCCGCCUCUAGCGGGGAUCUCUUCGGCGGAACGACACCCUCGCAUUCCGCCUCCAGCGCGGAUCUCCGCGGCGGAAAAACGCCCGCCAGCGGCGGAGACGUGCCCGCGCCGGUCAUCGCCGGACUUCCGCGCGUCCUUGACUCCGCGCACCUCUCGCGUUCCGCGCGACAUCACGCGCGGAGUCGGGUUCCGCGCAGGCCCCGCGGAGGCGGCGGAAGGGCUUCGGCGCGGCAGCUGACGGUGGCUGACGUCAUGCGCGAGCAUCCCGGGUAUUCCGUGGGAUCCAUGUCUUCGAAGCGCGCCGUGCUGCCGCGAGAUAAGGUGCUGCACCCGGGAGGGACGUAUUACCUCUCUAAACCGGCUACUGCGGCGCAGGGCGCGCAGGAAGCGCAGAACACGGAAGCGCAGAAGGCGGAAGGGAAGGCCGCGGACGGGGAGAGCGCGGAAACAGCAGCUGAAUCAAGCGCCAGUUCUGCAACUAACUGGCUGGUGGGGGCAGGGGGAGGCAAAGAGACGGAGGAAGAACCAGGGGAAGCAGAUGAGGGACUGCUGGUUGAUAUCCUGGGGGAUACGUUGCGGGAGGAGAAGUCCCCAAGAGGCUCUUUGCACGAGUGGAAGAGAGGGGGACUGCCCAAAGCAAGGCCCGGGAUCUUCAAAACCCAGCAGUCUCCCACUGCGGAGAAUAUGCAAUCGCCAAACCUGCCGUUUCCUGACCUGCACGGAAGCUUCGGUGGAGAAUCAGGAGGUGAAGGGAGCACCAGGGAAGGGGGGGCUGGAGAGAGGGGGAAAAAGGGAGAGAAGGGAGGAGCGAGAGGGGAGAGGGGGCGGUUGAGGAGGCACGAGUCGAGUGAGAGCAGUAAGCUGGCAUCGGCUCUGCAGCAGCUGUGGCGGCAGGGGUCUGGCGGGUGGGGCGUGGGCUGGCAUGCCGGCUCCUCCCCUGCUGCCUCUACCUUAUCUGCUGCUAGCCCCCCUUCUGGUACUGCUGAUGGCGGUUGGUCUUCUGCUGCUUCCACUCCUGCUGGUGCUCAUAUCAAUCCCGCUGCUUCUGCCGCUCCUGCUGGUGGCCGUAACAAUCCCGCAACUGGAGACGGUUCUUCUGGUCCUGCUGCAGCCCACAAGCGAGCGCUGAGUGCGCUGUCUCUGCAAGCCCUGUCGGCUGAGGAAGAAGAAUCGGGUGAGAGGAGGGCAGGAGGGGGAAGGAGGAGCAAUGACGGAGGAGUGAAGGAGGGAAGAGGAGGCAAGCAGUCUAUGGUGGCUGCAGCAGGUGCAGGGGUAUCCAGGGUGUGGGUUCCCCCUGGGGGCGGACUUAGAAGGGAUGGGGAAGGCAAAGAAGAGGAUGGAUGGGCUCAUCCCGAGCUCGGGGCGGCCACCAUCCAUUCCUGGAAGCUUCCCCGGUCGCACACGGUGGGUUCCCGAUCUGGUGUAUCGAAAUCCGCGGGCUACGGGGCGGAUCUGAGGGCGCAGUAUGGGAUUGUGUCUAAGUCUGGUGAGCAUGGGGCGGAUAUGAGAGCUCAGUAUGUGGUGUCUAAGUCGGGUGGGCAUGGCGCGGAUAUGAGGGCUAGAUACCUGGAGCUCCGACAGAAGCAUGGGUUUCCUGCUGGUGCAGAAGGGUUUUCCAAUCAGCAGCAGCAGCAGCAGCAGUGGCUCUCGCACUUGGAGAAGCAGCAGCAGCAACUGCAGCAGCAGCAACUGCAGCAGCAGCAGCAGCAGCAGCAGCUGUCGCGGCUACAGCAGUGGCAUCGGCAGCAGCAGCAGCAGAAGCAGCAGCAGCAGACCCAGCAGGGGAAGCAGCAGCAGCAGCAGCAGCCACAGCAGCAGCAGCAGCAGGUGUUUCAUCCUCUCACACACCACUCUGCAUGGUGGCAUUCCAUGGGAGGAGCAGGAGGAGGAAGUCAGAUGGACCUUCAUUCCCAACAGCAACACCACCACCACCCGUUCCCCCCUCGCUCCUUGUCACACACCCCCUCGAUUCAGUCACACUCUCUGGAAAGAACCCACAGUGUUCCCUCGGAUGCCUUCCUCCAAUCAGCUCUCUUUCCCCCGUCUCUCAGCAGCCAAUCAGAGCAGCCGAGCAUGGUAACCAGCAGUGGCAGCAGCUACAGUGCUGCUGCCAGCCCGGGUUCUUUUUUCUUCCCCAAGUCUCCAUCGGCGAAUGCUAAUGGCUCGAGGCUGAGUCCUGGAGAUGUGCUGAGAAUGGUGGUGGCGAGGCAAGAGGUGAAGGGAAAGGUCUGA